AUAUGCGUGCAGCAGGUGUCGAGUUUAGACGCUUGGUGAGAUAGUCAGUAGUAUAUUUUACAUAUGUGAGCAGGAUCAAUGUAAUGUGAUUCGGUUUCAUAUAUGUAUGCUGCCUUUGUUUGCCUGUAUGUAAGUCAUGGAAAUCGACUACCCAUAUCUGAUACUUCGCUGAGAAAUGUAAUCGUAGCAAGGAGCACCUAUGCCGAAAAAAAUCUGUGAUUGCGGGAUUCAUAAUUCAAGGUUAUUGUGGAAAUCUUGAUAAAUAUGAGUCGGCCUAGAGAAGAUGCGAGUGCCUCUCAUCCAACUGGCGCUGUACGUCCUAGAAGGCCGACACUGAAGUUUCAGACCGACAAAGGAUCGUACGAAACUAAUACGAGUGAUGUCGCGAAUGCUGACGUCGGCGGGGGAGCCUCGGUCGCCCCCAGGCAACCGCUGACUCUCAAGACCAUGAACGAGAUGCACGGGGCGAGUGGUACAGAUAACGGCGUUUCACAGCCACGUGCUAUUGACAGUCAGAGCCAGCCGGCUAUCACCACCACUACCACCGCAAUCAUCUGCUUUAGCGUUGAAGAUCGAAAAGCCGACAACGUCCAAGAGCCAGCUCAGGUUUCCAGCUCUGAUUGUGUGGGUGAUGGUUUGGGGAUGGAUGCAAUACCUCAGCAACAGGAGGUGCUGAACUCACUUGAGAGCAUCUCGGAUAUCCAUUCACAGCAAUGCCCGCAACUGGGCGGAGAAGACUCUCCGUUCACAUUCAGUGGACUUCUAAUGCAAGGGUUGGAGAGGGUGGACGCUCAAGCGCAGAUCCAGUCGACGCCCCAGGAUCACCCAAUGCUGGUUUGCACACCGCAGGAUACGAAGCCGCAUACUUCUUCUAAUACAAGCACACUAGCACAGGCUCAUUUCUCGCGCAGUACUACGCCUGUACGAAAAUCACCCCACCGUAUCGAGCAAGUGGUUAUGACACCUGAGCAAGCAGCCACAGAAGCGAGUCUUCAUAUCGACGAGAGUACACACCACAGGACAAACACGCCUGUGCUCGUAGGUGGUAUCGGAAAAGGGUGGGUGGCAAGCUCAAGUAGUACCAGGACACUUCCCGAGAAGCCCUGCCCGGCAAUACAGGUGAUACCCCCGACCCCAAAGUAUGUACAGUUGCUGGGGAUGUCGUCUUUCGGAGUGCUGAACGAUACCGAGACGGUGUGCGACGAGCAAGAAGCGCAGUUGUUUGACCAGUGCCUAGCACAAAUGGGUAUCCGACUACAGCGCGGAGAAGAAGGGAACGGGGACGCGGUUAAGACCACUGGCGACUCCUCGGGUUCAUCAAUGAAUAUGGAACAGGUUGUAGAGCAGAGGGAUGAUAUUUCUCAUUCACCUCCAGCGAAACUCCAAGAACCGAUAGGCGCGUCCCACGAACAUAUAGAGAGCCCCGUACCCACACUUCUCGAGCGCAGCAUACCUCUGCUGCCCGCGUGGACGGACCUACAAGCUUCUGGUACACCUCAAGGGCCGCAAACGAAGCCCUCACCAAUCAACGCUCUACAAGAUAGCACAGAGAGUAACGCAACAUGUCCAACACCCAAAGGAUCUGCUGAGCCAGACGCCAAGCUUAGCAUUGGCACAAGCGUGGACGUCGAUUACAUGGAGGUGGAUAACGACACAACAGAGCCUAUUGGAAACAUCACAGACCUCGCGUCAGGCAUAACACAUAGCACAAGUAGUGGUAUGAGAGUAGAUCAGGGCGACAUGACCCAGGCGGUUACUAGCCAGAGCCUUGAACAUGCAACAGUGCCAGAGGGAAGUUCGACAGUUGCUUGUAGGCCACAGGUCGAAAGGUCGACAGUGAGAAACCCUACUACAACCACAGAGCCAGGCGUGUGUGCAGCCAAACACACAGGUAUGGGAGGUGCUAUUGACGCGACAGCGGUCAGUGGUGGUGUGGGCACAGCUCGUGAUGUCGACCACACGGCCGUUUCUGAGGCAAGCAGUACGCUGGUAUCUGAGCCACCUUUGGACCUGGAUAUGGAACGCGAUGUCAUGCAACAUAAUGCGAGAGUACCGAACCUUUGGACCUGGAUACAGGAACCAAGCCCAUCAUGCGAGAGUACCGAACUGAGAGAAGCAGCUGAUGUGGCGCAGGAUGGCACUGAACUGGGGCAGCGUGCGCGGUUAAGCCUUGGUGAGUUGGCAACUUCCGAAGAGAGGCUGAGAUCUGAACGGACCAUCUUUGAGAAGUUGGUGGUUGACCAAGCGGAGGCGGGAAGAAUCACCAUGCUGAAGAUUGCCGAAGAACGGCAGACCUUACAGAACGAGCUGGGCCGCGUGCACCAGGAAACAGCGAAGUUGGGGGCAGAGAAGAAAGCAUUUGAAGAGAUGGUGGAGGGACAAGCGGAGGCGGGUAGGAUCACCAUGCUCAAGAUUGAGCAGAUCCGAGCGGCCCUAAAGUUCGAAUUGGAGUCCGUCAAGGAGUCGAAACGGGUGCUCAGGCAAGGUGAAGAGCUCCUCCUGGAAGACCAGCGACGGCUACAUACAGAUAGAGCUGAGUUGGAAGCACAGGGGAAGGAUAUGGAACGGCUUCGCGAGCAGUUGGUACUGCGGAAAAGUGCACUAGAGGAGCGUGAGCGUGGUUUGAGUGAUGCAAAGGCCAUUCAAGAUCAAAAAUCAAAACGGGUAUCAGAAGUCUCGGAGUCUGACUCUUCCGGUCAAUUAAGAGCAGAAGAGAAGACGGAUUUAACUAGUACAACAGGCGGCACGCAUACACAGCCAGAACGGGGGCUGCUAUCACUGGAGAAGCGAGAAACGCUGCUUGUGGCCGAGAAAGCCAUUCUGAAGCAUGGGAUGAACAUGCUCGGCAAGGAAAAGGAGAGGCUGCGGUCGAUGGAGCGGAGUUUGACCGAGGAAAAGAAUGCGCUCGAGAGACAAAGAAUCACGCUGGCCGAGAGAGAAGCACAGUUUAUGUGUGAGGAGGAAUUUAGGACGCAAGCCGAAAUGUCGGCUGACCUUGGGCCUGGAGUUGGGGUGGCAAACGAGGUAAUCAUGGGAGGAGGCGCUGGUGAGAGUGUGAAAGCGGGAUUGGGACCGAGUGUGGGUGCAACUAUCAGUGCUGAUACUAGCACAGGUAUACGCACCAGUUCAGAGGUAGAAAACACAGAUGAUAUAACCGUCGACAAUGGGGCACACCCGAUGGGAACGGACCAGAAAAGGAGUGCACAGGAAGUGGAGUCACACACGGAUGUGUCACUGCGUAACACCAGCACAGGUAAGGAUGAGCUGGCCACGGAGGCGCAUGCAGCAUUGCCCGCGAAUGCACCAGACGUUGGCAGGGAGGAGACAGAGAUGUCUGCCUCGAUGGAUGUCAAUGUCAUGGGGAAUACGCCGGUCAAAUUAACCCGACGGCGAAGCAUGCGAGUGUCUGGCGAGGGAACGCCCGAGGUCUCGCCGAGUGCCAAUCGGGGUGUGAGCACCCGACGGAAGACACGGAAGGGCAAGGGCAAGGGCAACGCCGCCAGUGCGAGUUGUGGCUCAACACCCCGGAAGUGGGGGUUCAGUCCUAAAAGUGCUGGGGCUGGUAUCCGGAACACUAGCACUCAAACCCCUAAAGCCCUCGACACCGAGGGCGAUAGUGUGGAUGAGAGAGCUGCCGCAUCUGCUGGGGAGGCGUCUGCGUUGUCGGGUGGGGAGCGCCAGGCGAAUAGGACGGAGGAAAUGGGUACAACUUGUGCACAGAGUGCUUCAGCUAGUGCUGCUGGUUCCAUGAGUGGUGACGACGACAGGCCGAAGCAGACCAUGGAUACCGGCGCACUAGAAAGCGCUGAACGCGCACUGGAUAGCGCUAAAGCACGAGUUUGUCGGCGGCACAAGCGAAAAGCGAGCCAAGUGGAUGUUACAUCAGACGAACCAAGUGCUGGGAUGUAUUUCGACGUUGUUGACAGUGAGGAGACGGGCGAGCUAGAGGGACAAGAUCAUUUAGAUAGUAGAAAGGAUAUAUCCGACGUCUCCAGCGCUGUGGUGCCCACGGACUUUGGCGGUGAGAAGACAGAGAAAUCCGAGGGAGAAGUUAUGCAUCAUAUAGAUGAUACCACGGGUUCUCCAAGUGCGGUUGUUCGUACCGAUGCUGGCAGGGGGAAGGUAGAGGAGUCAACGAACGAGAGGGACGCAGACACCUGCGAAGAAGGGCCUGAGAGUAGGCGACAGACCACGCCAUCGGCUAGUCAUGGAACUACUAUGAGCCUUACUUGCGGAACGAGUGUAGGGGCGAGUUUUGUGAGCGAUGGUAGUGAGAGACAAACUCCUCCUGCUGUUUGUAGUAAGUUAGAUGUAGAGAUAGAUAGUCGAGUGGGUGAUGCUACUGAUUCAUCUGGCUCUGGGGGUGGUGUCGAGGCUCUUGAAUCGGGCGAGGCUCUUGAAUCGGGCGAGGCUAGCCAUGCCGGAGGUAGGGCAGGCUGCGAUGGUGUGGAUGAGAUACUCGUCUCCGAGCCUGAUCUGGUGGAGGAUAUUGGUGCCAAGAUAGCCGAGCGCGGUUCGAUGGUAGACAAAAAUGUUGUCGAACUAGAUGCAAGUGGUACAGCUAUAGCCGAUAUCGGUGAGUCGAUAGGCCAUAGCGACGCCGACAUAGCCCGAGCAGUCCCAGCGAAUGGCGAUGGGGUCGAUAUCUGUGGCAAUGAGCGGCCCGAGAGCCCCACAAAACAGGUGAACGUUGGCGGUGCCACUGCCACUAAUGGCACGGAAGAAGUGGCUUGGUCAGCAACAGAGCGUACGGAAUCUAUCGGCGCCUGUGGGUCUGUUGGUACAGAUCUUGUGGUACCGGAUACUCGGGUGACGCGGGGUGUCAAGCGCACACUGGAGGCAAUGUCUACCCCUGAAAGUGCAGCACUUCGCUGCCGCGUCAAUGAGUCCUCGGGGGCGGAGGGAGACACCGAAGAACCGACGAAGACGAAUAAGAAUGCAAAUGCAAAGGUACCGAACACCCAGGAUAGGCAGCGGAUGGCAGCGACGGUAGGCCUAGACACAGACAACAGGCAAGCCGAAGGAAGCGGUCUUGAGCAAGCAGCCAUACCCGAUGGGGUACAGGAGGGACCUCCCGGUAGGUCUGAUAACCUUCCUGGGAAUGUCAGUUGUGACACCAUAGACGAGAACAUCGCUGGCGGUGUUUUAGAUGCAACCGAAGAGGUUACGGAACAGAGGGACAACAGUGGGGAGACUGAGCGUAGCACUGUCGAUAUGACUGCGGGUACUGAUGCAGCCCACGCGAGUCAUGUGGCUGGCAGCACUACUGCCGGGUCUACAGCAACUGCGAUCGCCGGUUUGACCUCACCAACACGAGAACUGGACGACAGGGAUACAGCUGUGCCCCAAUGCACACACGCAAAGGACGCGCCGGGACAGCGUGGCGAUGCCGUUGAGGCGAGUGUAAGCGACCCCAUGGACACUGCUGAAGCUGUGGUGGGUAGAAGCGGACACGCACAAGACUCAAUGGAGACAGGAGCAGCAGAAGAGACUGCCAUGCUCGUCGACACAGCGAUGGAUGGAGCAGAGAAGGGGAGUGUACGCGUGAAUAACAGCGGGGGAAAGGGCGAGAACAGCAUCGGCAAAGCAGCAGCGGUGUGUGAGAAAGUGCAACGGAGGUCGAGGAGAGGUUUGGAUACGGUGGAUGAGUGUACCUUCGCAUCGGCACACCCGGGUGUCAGCACCAGAAGGCGGCCAAGCUCAAAAGGUAAGGCCAAAGCCAAGACGCCAAAUAAAUCACAUACGGAAGAUGGAUCAAAAAGCAAAUCACCACAUGCGGCAGCGAAUGCAGAAGAUAGGCCAUCAAGGGGAACACCCAUUAAGGUAGCAGAUAUAGUGAACAGCUCAGCAAGACCAUGUGAAGACCUCCUACCCAGCGUGGUACGUGAGCAACCGGUGUACGAGAGUAGCGGGGGAGUCGACCGCGUGCACGAACGAGGCACGGCAGAAGGAAAUGGAGCACCCAGUAAUGUGUCAGACACAGCUUCUACCGAAAGGAAGGUAGGUGCCACCUCGAGUGACGACAGCAGGCACACACCUACAACCACCGACAGGGAAGGCGCAGCUGCAAGCGUUGGGGAAUCCAUUACGGCAACCGCAGCAGUAGACACAGGCUUGGGUGAUCCGUCAGCCGGAGCCAUUCUCGGUCCUGUCCACUCCGUCGAGGCAGAGGACCGGUCCCAUCCACACAGAGAGGGCACGGCCGAGGAGUCACCAGCGACGGAAGCGGAGGUGUCUCCAGUGGCUGGUCCAGGGUUCAAUAUGGGCCAGGAUGUCAUGCGUGGCUUGGACACGCUCACCGGCGACAGUGUACCAGAGCUGGGUGCAGGGCGAACCCGCCCCAAACGAAGCACAGCACACGAAGUGUACACCGCAGCGGAAACAGAGGACAGGGCCGCCGUUGCCGGUCUACACAAACAGUCCGGUGACACUAACAUAGGGGACGAGGGCGUGUUGAGGGAGCCUGCACGAGAGGCUGCGAGCGGACCCUCAAUGCACAGUGGCGCAGAUGAAUCGUCAACUAGUACUUCACGGGACCCAACGAAGAGUCCGAGCCCUACAGUUUCCUCUGCACCUAUAGAAACUGAUCACGCAGACGUCAGUGACAGCAUUGAAGGUACC